ACGACCAGCGAAACUUUACACCAUCUGCUGAAAUCUCGACUCAGGUGAUAUGGCAGAAGCUGCCGCUUGUCAAAGUUUUGGAGAUUGGCUCUCCUUGAAACUUGAACAGCUUAACAUUGAUCAGGAUGUUUUUGGAAGCUACAUAAGCAGCAUUGUCGAAACUGAUGAUUCGAAUGAAGAAGAAAAGUCAGAAGCCUUGAAUGGGAUUCUCGGCGGAAUAUUGGAGGAUGCCGUUGAAGAAACUUGCGAGGAAAUCUUGCAUAAAUGGAAACAGAUAAGCUGCUCUGCCUCUGAAGAAAAGCAAGUCAAUGGAGAUGCCCCCUCAACAGAGAAUGGGGAAGACAAGAUGGCGGCCAUCAUGGAGCGCCAUGCUGCCACCCAGGUUCCCAAGGUAACCAGAACGCCAACAGACAGUAAACAGAAGGCUGCCCUCUUGGCCCGAUUUGCUGAAGUUUCAGAUGGCGAGGAAGAUGAAGAUUAUUAUGAACCAGACUAUGAUGGAGGUAAAGGUGGCGGAGGAGGAGGAGCGGGAGGAGGCUUGGAUGACUUCUUAUUAUAUAGCAACACCAACAAGGUGGAUGUGGAUAAACAGGAGAAGGAGAAGCGAGAGAAAUCCAAGGUGGAGAGCGCAAAGAAGAAGGAGCAAGAUAAGCAACAGAGAGAACAACAGAAGCAGAAGACACAAGAUAGAAAAGACAAAGAGAAGAAGCGAACACAGAAGCAAGAAAGACGCAGGUAGCGUCCCUUACUUCGACAAUCAGAUAUUUUGUUAAUGCCAUUUUUCAUAGUAUUUAUUUUUUGACCAUAUAUCUGAUGCAGUUGCCCACAUGCCCAUUAUCAAAGGAUACGAGCCUUAAAGACAUCAACCAAUACCCAUAUUUGGAUAUGUUUGUCCUUAUUUUGACAGUAUCUUGUUAAUUAAAAUGACAUUUUAUGUUGAUUAUUGUGCAUUUUAUAUUGAGACUUCUUCAGGGCAGUUGUCACAUAUGAAAUGUUCUAGAUCACAAAAUGUUUAUUUGAUGUAAACAUGUGCAUAUUUACUACUACAUGUAAUGUCUAUUUAUUCUUUUCUUUUUCAUUACACAUAUACUCCUCAAAUGAAUUGUUGUAAUAUGGAUGUUGGAUGAUGUUCAUUCAAUUAAAAAAAAAACUGAUGAUGGAUAUUCUGUACACACUACAACAGUUCUUGACUUGUGUUACACUUUACAUCUGCUAUGAUCGUAUAAAGCCCCCCCCCCCCCCCUUCAUUUGCAACCGUGUUUACGCAUGUAUUUGUUGCAGUUGCACGUUGAAAAACAUCUCAUUCUAUGCUUAUUAUUAGUGCUUCCAUGUUAUGAACCUAUAUCGUGAAUGCUUAGGGCAGAAUUCCAUCAAAUUGGUUUUCUUUUAUAGAGAAAAUUAUGUUGAUUGUCACAUAAGAAAGAAAUGUUUUUGAAGUGCAGAUCUCUCUCUGAACAGUACAUUACACAGCCAGCAUUGUGUAGACGUUGACCAAUGACCUGACGUCAUUUUGAUUUGUUUCGACAAUUAAUGUAGUUUACUUUCAGUAAAUAAAGUUUAUUCAUUUUUAGAAUACCAUCUCAAGUUGAUCUAUUCCUGAUAUAAAGCAGACAUGCCUUCUUUGAUAGUCUCAUCCUCUUGUAAUUAAACUUAUAUUUUUCUGUCAGAAAAUAUGAACUAAGCAUACUUAUGAACGAUGGUGCUACUUAGCCUUACAGUCGUUUGCUGUCAUCUGUUGUAAUUAGUCUAAUAUCACUGGUAUAUUUAUGCAGAAGAACAGUGUUUUUUGUUUCAAUGAUUUUCUUUGACUAAUCAUUUGUUACAAGUGUGGGAUACCAUUCUCACUUCCAAACAAAAGUGAUCCUAAAAGACGCUCAAUGGGUUUCAUGUAUUGUUUGUGGUCAAUUUCGCCAAAAUGGUUAUGAGGUUAGUAAUGAUAUGUAAUCGUUUUUGAAAUCUCUGGACAUUACCCAAGUAAACCCCAGGAUAAAAUUUAGGAGUGUGUUUGGAAAGUUUCCUGCCUUGAUAUAAUGGAAUCACAACUGACACGACGCGAAGUUUUUGCGAUUGAUCAAGUCUGCUGUCAUGGAAACAGCUGUUGCUUAUAUCACAAACAAAUUCUGGUUUUACUGUCUAUUCAAUACCAACUACAUCAUACAUGUACAUCAGAGCUACUGGAGCUUUGAUAAGGCCAAAUAUCAUGUAAAGAGAAAUGUUCUGUCAAUUUAUAUUCAUAACGUCAUAAUUCAAUGUAUUUAGAAUUUGGAAAUGUAUUGGACAACAAAUGACAAUCCUUGGAUUUUUCCAUGUCUGGAAAGUGGACAAAUUGUCAUUUUACUUUGGGUGAUAAAAAACUGCCAUUCCCUGCCAUUUUCAUGUUGAAGAGGAAAAAAAAAGAGUUACACAUGGUUGGAAAGUGAUUGAACUUUCGAAGUCGAGUAUUGUUCUCUUAUAAGAAAGCUAUUUAUUCAGUGCAAUUGUAUUGAGGUUUGAUGGUUUAUAGGGUAUUAUAUCAUGCUUUGUGUGCCAGGUUUGUUUACAUUUCCUUUUCACAUCCCAUGUUUCUCUAUUUUAUUCUCCAAAAUGAAAGGGGGAGGGGGGAAUCAUCAGUGAUUGUCAGAUUUAUUCAAAUUGUGAAUUUUCCUUUUUCACAUGAAUUAAAACAAGGUGCAGAA